AUGAUUUCUAAAACUUCUCUAUUCCUACUCCUGGCACUUUUCAGUGUUUCAAAGGCUGAUAAAAAAUGUGAAAUUUGUUUGGAAGUUGUGGAAAGUAUUCAAGAAACCAAUUAUUUGGAAUCGAUGGCAAAUUUGUCGACAAAUCAAAUACGAACAUUUAUCAAUCAACAAGUUAAAUCAAAAUGUCACGGUCUUCCAGAAUGUAAAAGUAUUGCAAGAACUUUGAUUGUGAAUGCAGAGCAACUUGAUUUCGAUGUUUCAUUUACUCCAAAAGUUUUGUGUGCUUUUGCAAGACUUUGUAGUUCAUAA